AUGGCAGAUUUAAGGGAAUUAUUUUCAAAAGUAAAAAAUGAUGUAAAAUCUACUAGAGUCGGAGAAAAACAACAAUUGAUUGAAUCAUCAGCAGCAAAUGUUCCUCAAACUGUACAAUCACAAACAUGUAGUCGUACUACAGAUAGUGUUCGUCGUCAAGCUCAACGUGAACUCGAACAAGAAAAAGCACUUAAAGAUGAAUAUCAAAAAAAAUUAUUUGCAGAUAUUUUCGAUAAUAUUAUUUCUAAUCCAAACGAAGAUAAAUAUCGUCGAAUUCGUUUACAAAAUAAUAUUUCUCUUGAAAAAGCUUUUCCAUUAAAAUAUAUCGCAGAAUUAUUUCAAACUAGUGGCUUUAGAUCAUUGAAUGAUAAUGAUUCAAUAAUUUAUCAAGAAUGUUCUAUUGAACGAUUACCCUUAGCACGUGAUACGUUAAUAAAUAGUAAGCCAAUAAAAAUACAACUUGAUAAAAAUUUAAAAAUAUUUCAACCAACUACAGAACGAUCAUCUAUACCUCCUAUACAACUUUUACCAUAA